UGGUGGUUGUUGCAGUGCGACUUUGCUUGAAGAGCAAGUUAGAGUAGACACCACCCGUACCUUUUCAAGUCUGGCGUUCGGCCACUCGCCGCUGAUGGCACCGAAGUCCAGGGACUUCGAUGGGGGUACAGUAUCAUGGGGUUUUCGCGGGGAUGAUCGUCCGGACUCAUUCAUUGAUGCAUCUUUUCGACUUGUACUCCAUAUAUCCACCGAUUCAGAACACAACAAUAAGUUUCCAUGGGCGUCGAAUGACUACUACCUAGGUAGUAUCCCCAGGGUCCAAUAGGGAGGAUCGUGAGCUGUCUGUCGAGCUACUUACCAGGUAAGCGUCGAGGGGAAGUCAGCAGGCCCUAUUUCUACCGAGCAAGUCUCGAGGAGAAGAUCAAUAGUCGUAUGUACGCUCGGCUCGGCUCAAGCUCAAGCUCGGCCAAUAUAAUGGCGCUCUCAUUUCCAAGCAUGUUCUCGCUUGAGAACCGGACAGCAGUCGUCACAGGAGGAACAAGGGGCAUAGGAGCCGCAAUGAGCAUCGCCCUCGCCGAAGCAGGAGCGGACAUCAUCCUGGUGCAGCGCGACGCAUCCAACACUUCAACCAAACUCGCCAUCGAAUCUCUCGGGCGCAAGGCGACAAUCUACACGGCCGACCUCGCCAGCCAGGCCGAAGUCUCCAGCGUGGCGCCGAAAAUCCUCGCCGACGGCCACGACGUGUCGAUCCUCGUGACGUGCGCGGGCAUCCAACGCCGGCACCCAUCGCACGAGUUUCCCCAGGCGGAUUGGGACGAGGUGCUCCAGGUCAACCUGACCAGCGUGUUCACGCUGUGCCGCGACUUUGGAGCGUACAUGUUGACACGCACACCACGCUCUGCCAAUAUUACAGACGCCUCCGACUCCAAUCGUUCGCCCGCGCACAUGCACCCUCAAUCACCACCACACAGAGGCUCGAUCAUCAAUGUGGCCAGCCUGGUCAGUUUCCAGGGCGGACUGACGGUGCCGGCGUAUGCGAGCGCGAAAGGCGGGAUCGCGCAACUAACAAAGGCUCUGAGUAACGAGUGGGCCAGACACGGAAUCAACGUGAACGCCAUUGCGCCGGGGUAUGUCAACACCGAAAUGAAUGAGGCGCUGAUCAACAAUCAAACGCGCGCCAGGCAGAUUCUCGAGCGCAUACCGGCCGGUAGGUGGGGGGAGCCUGACGAUUUCAAGGGGCCUGUCGUGUGGUUGGCCAGUAGGGCAAGUGGGUAUGUCAAUGGGGAAAUUGUAGUCGUUGAUGGAGGGUGGAUGGGGCGGUGAGUGAGCAGUGACAAGGCUUGCAGAGCACGCAUCUAAGGGGUGAGAAGAUGAAGGAGAGGAAGGAGAGUAUAGAAG